AAAAGUCUGACUUCCGUAACUAGGAGUGAAAUUAAACCUAAAUUGGUAUAUUAAACUCUUACCAAAUCGUUUUAAAAGUGUAUCAAUAUUGUAAACGAAGGUUUUAAAUUUACUCAAUUCCAAAGAAAUAGGCCUACACGUCAAUUCCGGAUUAGCGAUUAUUUGCUUGCCCGUGUUUUAGGGACAUUGGAAAUGCGCUUCAAUGGCGCUUGGCCAGAUGGAUUUGCAAAAUCGCAAAUUUGACGACGAAAGUUCGUAUAGGUAGCCUAUUCCCAGGGGCCGCAAAGACUGGCAUUGCUGGCAUCGGCUCCGUCGUGUAAGUUAGUUUUCUAUUUUUAACCUCCAGGUACACUUUGCAUGUCGCGGCAGACCUGUUUGCUGUCUGGCCACAUUUUUGCACAUGGCAACAUGGUUGAUAUGGCGCCACACCAUCAACAAGAUUGUAGGCUAUCCAAUAUCGACACAUAGGGACUUGCCCAGUGAAACAUUAAACCCUUAGCCUUACGUUUCGAAAACGGAUGAAUGGAAACCGAAAGCGCAAUCAUAGCAGUCAUGCACUAGGCUGCUGUAUACUAUCAGUUCAGCGCAGACUACAGUAAGAGUAGCCGAUUCACCCACAGUAGCCUAUGAAUAUUUUGAUUACAAGGACAUACAAUGACUGUUGAUACGGAUGACAACAACCUCAUCUUGCUGAUAAACGAAUGUUUUCGCAACACAUUGCGGCGGCUUAUCCGCAUCGUGCCUGUUUUAGAUCACAUUACUUUCUUGGAGAGGGAGCAAAAAGAACGGAUCAUCAACAAGGCAAGAAAUGACUGCAAUCAAACUGCAGUCGAUCUCCUUAUUGACACCAUCGUGGCAGGUCCCCGCCAGCCUGGAUGGUCGCGGGAGUUCGUGGAUGCACUCUUAUUCGCGGGGUGCACGUACGCGGCUCAAAUAGUGGGUAUGGAGAAGUUGCCCAGUCCGUCGCUGGAGGCGGAGAACGACUGCUGUGUCAAGCUGAUCGAAAUUAUGGGCCCGAGCUUGCUGGCGAUGAAGACGACAGAUGUGUGUGAGACCUGUUACCAGAGCAAACUCAUCACGGAACUGGACAGGCAGAACAUCUUAGCCGAGACAACCAAUAACGGACCCAUGGCUGGCGCUCGCCUUCUGCUCCACAGAAUCGUCCUGCGGCCUCCGGGGUGGUUCUCUGACUUCCUCGAGGUGCUGAACAAGACGGAGCAUGCUGAUUUGGUCGCGGAACUCACCGGAACCAAGCCCGGAAAGGGUGCUGAUGAAUCUCCACCAGAGAGUAGCAGCUCUGACGAGAGCACUGGACAGCAGGAGGAGGAGAGAGAUGGGGAGGGAGAGAGGAAGGAGAAGCAAGGAGAGAAGGAGCAGGAGGAGGUGCAGGAGGAGGAGCAGGAGGAGGUGCAGCAGAGGGGGACUCUGUCCACAGAGGGUGGAGACAAUAUAAACGUCGCUCCUGAUGUCUGCGUAGUUCCAAAGGUCUGCCUCAUGCUGCGUCCGUACCAGCUGACCGUGGCCCAGCCUGCCCUGCAGGGUGCCAACAGCAUCGUGUGCCUGCCCACGGGCAGUGGCAAGACCUGCGUGGCCGUCUACGUGGCCAAAGAGCACCUGGACCGGCGCCGCCAGCAGGGGGCGCCAGGGAAAACCGUGGUCAUCGUCAACAAGGUGGUGCUGGUGGAGCAGCAUUUCAUCGAGUUUGGCAAGUACCUGAAGGAAAACUAUCGUCUGGAACAGGUCAGCGGAGACUCGCCCAACAGACAGGCCUUCGCCAACACCCUAACAGGACAUGAUAUCAUCAUUUGCACCGCUCAGAUCCUGCUGAACGCCCUGCUUGACACAGAGGAUGGAAUCAGCCUCUCUGACAUCACUCUGCUGGUAGUGGACGAGUGCCACCACACUCAUAAAGGGGACGUGUACCAGCAGAUCAUGGUGCACUACCUGGGCCACAAGAUGGCCAACAUGAAGAGGAAGAAGAUGGGCAAAGAUGUGAUGCUCCUCCCCCAGAUCCUGGGAUUGACAGCCUCUCCUGGAGUGGGAAAGGCCAAGAAUAGGGAGAAAGCACAGAAGCACAUUAUCAAAAUCUGUGCUAACCUGGAUGCAUCCGUCCUUAUGACUGCUCCUCUGGGGGAACACAGCCAGGACAGACAGAAGGACAUUAUCAUGGCCGAGAGACGCACACAGGAUCCUUUUGGUGAUGUCAUCCGGCACGUGAUGCAGAGCAUUCAGGAGCAUGCCCAGUUGAAGCCCAGCGUGGAGACCGGCACGCAGCGCUACGAGCAGUGGGUCGUGGAGGAGGAGAAGCACGCCGCCAAGCAUGGGAACCAGCGGAGGCGUGCGUGUGCGGAAUACCUCCGUCAGUACAACGAGGCGCUGAUUCUAAGCAACACCAUCCGCAUGUGCGACGCAUACCACCUGCUAUCCUCCUUCUACCACCAGGAGCGCAGGAAGAAGGAGGGCAUCGCCCAGACACACACCGACAACUUCCUCUUCAAGCUCUUCCAUGACAGUCAGAGGAGGUUGGAAGAUUUCUCGAAACAGCCGGAGUAUGAGAACAACGUUCUGUCUGAGCUGCGCACUGUCAUCCUGAAGAAGUUCUCAGGGCCGGACGAGGAGGUACGCGGGAUUAUCUUCACGGAGACACGCCUCAGCGCCCAGGCCCUGCACAGCUGGAUCCAGGAGAACAGCAAGUUUGCGGACAUGGAGGUGCGGUCCAGUUACCUGAUUGGUGCAGGAGACCAGAGCGCCGUCAAGCCAAUGACUGCCAGUGAGCAGAGGGACGCCAUCAGGAAGUUUAACAGUGGAGAGGUCAACCUGCUCAUCGCCACCACAGUGGCAGAGGAGGGCCUGGACAUCCAGAAGUGCAACAUCGUCAUCAGAUACUGCCUGGUCACCAGUGAGAUUGCCAUGAUUCAGGCGAGAGGGCGUGGGCGGGCCGAUGGCAGCAGCUACAUUGUGAUUGGUGUCGAGGGCUCAGGGGUGGCGGAGCGCGAGCGACUCAACGAGUGGAAAGAGAACCUGAUGCAAAGGGCCAUCCAGGGCGUCCAGCAGAUGGAUGAAGCAACAUAUAAAGACAAGGUGAUGGGUGAUCAGCUUGAGGCGUUGAUGGAGAAGAAGCUUCGUCAGAGGAAGAGUGACGAGAGAGUGAGGAGGCUAUUGCCCCCCUCGGCUGUCAAGUUCCGUUGCCGCGGUUGCGAGGUGGUGGCGUGUGAGGGCACGGACAUUGAGGUCAUCGAGGACGCACAUCAUGUCAACCUCACCGAGGACUUUCGGUCCAAAUUUAACAUCAACGCCAACUCAUCUUAUGGAGAUGGAGAGAUGACAGCACACUGCGAGGCUGAGAAGUACAUGUCGUGCAAGAAAUGUGGAGAGUUCUGGGGUCCAGAGAUGUGCCACAGGCUCCUGGAAUGCCCCUGCCUGAGCAUCCGCGGCUUCGUGGUGAUGCAGGGUGCCCGGCGGGAGACGCUGGAGUCCUGGACAGACCUGCCCGUCCAGUUCCCAGAGUUCAACUACUGCGCCCAUGCGUCAGAGUUCGUGGGUGAUGAGACAGAGGACAUCUGAGUGCCUGUGUGUGUGUGUGUGUGUGUGUGUGUAGCAAUCUUAGAUGAUAUUUGCAAUCAAUAUUUAUACACUUUGCAAAGCUCUGAGGUCACAUUCAUCUCAGAGCGCAGUUUCAGUUUUUCACUUCUUCUGUGGCCUCUGCAGCUCAAUUUCUAUUAUAGCAAAGUAAAGAAGGAAUGUAUCUCUGUUUUAAAUAUGGUGUUUGGUACAUCUGAUACACCAGUUUGUGUGAAAGUGCAAGUGCAAUAAUAAAUGUGUGCCUGGUUGAGGGCAGUGUCUGUGUAUCUGUGUGUGCCUGUGUGUGUGUGUGUGUGUGUGUGUGUGUGUGUGUGUGUGUGUCUGUGUCUGUGUCUGUGUCUGUGUCUGUGUCUGUGUCUGUGUCUGUGUGUGCCUGUGAUUGCUAGCACAAUCUGUAAGUAGCCUUUAUUGCAGAUUAAAACAUUUUCGUUCAACUUUACAAAUACAGUAUCUGCAGUAAAGGCUACUUACAGAUUGUGCUAGUUAGUUUGUUUAACCAACCAAUAAUGUGUGAACUGUAUGAACUGUACCCCGUAGGGUUACUCCACAUGAAGCUUUUUGAAAGCUUCUUAAAGACAUCAUCAUGUCAAUCAUCAUCGCUUCACCUAAAUGAUUAAAACUUAAUGUAUGUUUUUCAAAUAAACUUGUUAAACAUGUCUAUUUUUUGACAUGCAAAACUGCAA